UUUCUACCCGGACCUAAAUAAGAGACGGACCCGUCCCGUUGUGUUUUUCUGGUGCAGCUCCGGUUAUGCAGACAUGGACGAAUCGGCGGGGCGAGGACACAACCUUCCCUUAAACAAGUCUUCUGCCUUUGAGGACCGGCGGACGUUAUAGACCCGAACUCCAGAGGAAUCCAGAACCGCCCGAGCCCGUUCGGCUGCCUGCGCCAUGGCUCUCAGUUCGGGCGGCUGGGCGCCUCCAGCCCCCAUCUCUGCCUCGUCCCAGAAGGCUGCGUGCAGCGGGCCUCCGCUGACUGCCUGCUGCAGCACCGUUCUCAUGUCGGUCCGCGUCUCGGUGUCCCACUCCGGGAUCCGACCCCUGUGCCUCCCCGGGGCGGGCAGCGAGGCUCUGCGCCUGCAGCUCAGCAUGGACCCGAGCCGAGCCGGAGAGUUCCGACUGGCUCUGAGGGAUACGAGCGGAAACCGCAGUGUGUUCAUAGCAGAGUUCGACUUGCGCUGGGUGCAGUACGAGGUCAAGUCGUCUCGCUGCCACGAGAUGCGUCUCGCCUCUCCGCCGCACGACUGCAUCCGCUUCAACUUCCGCUGCGACCGAGAGGCCGAGGAGUGGGCCACUGUGGUGAUGUCGUCUCUGAGAGAAGCCCACAGAGUUGCAAAUAUGAACAUGGUGGAAUCCGAUGGCAAACCAAGCGACCCCCCGGCCGAGGAGCCGUGGAGUUCGGCCUCGCUGCCCGUCUGCGAGGAGCUGUGUUUGGAGCUGGCCAGGGCGAUCGAGGCGGGCGACAUGCACGCAGCCUCGCAGCACGCAUCCUCGCUGGCUCGCCAGAAAGCAGCGCUGACCAUCCAAGUUUCCCAAAAGAACUACGCCGACGGAGAAAUCAGCUUGUCUGUGGUGGUGGAGGACGUGUCGUCGUCCUGCUGCGUCACAGUGAAGGUUUUUCCCUACAUGACUGUCGCUGCGCUCAAACAACAGGUGUUUCUGGAGUACGGGUUCCACCCCCGCGUGCAGCGCUGGGUGAUCGGUCAGUGUUUGUGCACCGACCCGCGCUCGCUGGCCUCCUACGGCGUGCAGAAGGACGGCGACACGGCUUACCUUUACCUGAUCUCUGCGCGCCAAGCACGCAUCACGCGGCAGCUGUUCCAGCAGGACCUGGAGAGCGCCAUCCUCACCCCUCCGCUCCCCCCAGGAAACGGCCACGCCUCCCAGGACUGGAGGGGGUACAGCACGCUGCCCUCAAAGCUUUCACAUAACAGCCAGAGCUCCUGUGACAGAUCGGGGGAUGUCAAAGAUGUCCUCAGCAUCGAGAAGCUUCAGCUGAACGAUCACGGCAACAAAACCAGUAAACCGCAGCUGACGGAGUGGGCGUGUCCUUCAUGCACUUUUAUCAACAAACCGUCUCGUCCCGGAUGCGAGAUUUGCGCUACAGCGAGGCCUGAUGCGCAGAGCGGCGUCCAGCAGGAGAAGCGAGAAGAUCGCGGGGAGUCGGGUUUCAUCAGCAGCUGACUGCACAUCCUCAUAGUCUGGACUCCAUUCGGCUCACCCGACACACUUCCAUGCACGCCCUCGCAGCGAGGACUCUGCCACACACAUGCUGACUAAACCCCGCCCCCCAGCGCGGAAGGCCGGGCCCCCGUGACGGCCGCUGAGGCCCCGCGCCGCCCUGCAGCAUGACGCAGAGCCGCUGCGGUCCGGACUCGGACACGGAGCGGAGCUUUCUCCAUCCAUGUGGACGACGUGACCAUGACGUGCAUCUGUGCUGUUUAUCCCGCGUGGUGUUUCUGAUCCAACGUAUUUAUUUUAGGAAGAAUCGUCAUUUCCGAGCAUCAGUGAAGGGAGAGGAAAGCCUUCACGCACGCCGUCGGUGCUAAGAGAACUCUGAAGGUUCGAAGGCUAAAGUAACGUUUACACGAUUGUCAAGUGCUUUUAAUUUUUUUAAUUGUACUUAUUUUGUUCUAAGUGUUUUAUUUUUACCGAUUAACGCUCUGAGCAUUUGUUGUAGAUUUCAGCAGCAGGAGUCGGCGGUUUCAGGGCAUAGAUGGACUAUAAAGGGAGGAAAGUCUGUCUGUUCUUUCAUUUCAGCUGUUUUUCAGUCGCUGGUUGUGAAGUUCUCGUUAAUACAUUUCAUUUCAGAGAGUUUUUCAGUAGUGGAGAGGACAGUAAACACAUUUACAUCUAAUAUUUACGGAUGAUUUCACACAGAAAGAAGUUUUGACCACGGGGUGCAGAUGUGAAUGUUCCACAAAGCCAAAGAUUGAAAUAACUAAAGGUAAUGUUUUGAAAAAGCA